AUGUUAGAUAAAUUGGAGCAGAUUAAGGAAUUGGCAAGGAAGGAUCCUAUUCGGUUCAUUCUCUUAAUGACUCUAAUUGUUUCCAUUGUGGUAUUUACUUAUAUAUUGACAGAGUUUUUCCGACAAUAUGGAUUGGAAAAUACGGAAACCAUUCGUUCGUGUGAGAUGAUUUUAUCCUCAUUGAAUGAGCACAGAUGUACUGCUUAUGAUUGUGAGAUUGCAAAGAGAGAAUUCAAUUUUGUUACUCCAAUUCAUCUGAAAUCAUUGUAUUAUCAAAAUUCAGAGACAAUUAUUACACCGGUCUAUUCGAGAGAAGAAUCUGAUAGGCGUACGAUUCCAAAGAGUGCAGAGACGUGCUCUAUUGGAGGAUCUUGUUAUUCACCAGCUUGGCUAGUAUCAAUGGUCAACACUCCGAGUGAUGGAGUUCUCUAUUCAGGCGUUGUUACCACAAGUUUUUCAUUGGCCAAUGAAGUAUUGGCAAGUAUGCAACCCCUUACGAAAUAUUAUUGUUUCCUUAAUAAUUUCAAUGAUUUAACAAUGGUUCCACCAAAUGUCACUUACAUUCCAAGGAAGGUUUUUAUUGUCAUGAUGCUUAAUGGUGGUUUCAUUGUGAUGAGUUUCAUCGCAUUGAAAGUAUUGGGACUUGUCCGUAGAGUGAUCAACAAGAUGAAGAAGAAUAAGAAUGGAAAUCAAGAAUUAGAAGAUGAUGAGAUCAAGCCAAUUAAUGAAAGUGAAUAA